AUGGCAAACGAAACCGCGUUGGACCCUAAGCAGCAGCAGGGACGCAUUCUGGCAUCUACUCCGCCGUCCAAACGACGAAGUAGGCGCGACAUCUACUACUGGCUUGAGUCGCUUGCCGUCUUCUCUCAUAGCGUUAGUUUGUCAUUCACAGCUUCUAUGUACUCAAUUUGCUGGACGUUUUUGUCCCUAUGGCCGCUCUUGCUUAUUUAUUUGGUGUGGAUGAUUAUUGACAAAGCAUUCGUCUCUGGUCGAAUUCGUACACAAAUGUGGUUACGAAAGCUGGCUCCGUACAAUUGGUUCUGUAACUAUUUCCCAAUCCGUCUUCACAAGACAGCUGAGCUUGAUCCAAAUGGGUCGUAUAUUUUCGGGUAUCAUCCACAUGGUAUCCUGUCGCUAGGAGCUUUUGGUGCCUUUGGAACAGAAGGUGCUCAUUUCAGUGAACUCUUUCCUGGGCUGAGUAUGUCAGUACUUACCCUUAAUUCCAAUUUUUACGUGCCUUUGUAUCGCGACUAUCUGUUGGCUCUUGGCGUCAUGUCCGUAUCACGGAGUUCAUGUGUCAAUCUUCUGAAACGCGGCAAUGGAAGCAGUGUUCUAAUUGUGAUUGGGGGUGCUCAAGAAAAGUCUGCUUGCUCGUCCUGGCACCAACAAGCUUACAUUUAUGACCAGGUGGACAACAACCCUCGCUCUCGCAUUUACCGGUGUCAAGCUAUCAUCAAGCGGGUAGCAGGGUUUACGAUACCGCUAUUUUAUGGUCAAGGCUUUUUUAACCGCACGUUUGGACUGAUGCCGUGGAGAAAACCUAUCAAUAUUGUGGUUGGGGAACCACUCAAAUUACCUAAGAAAGACAACCCAACAUACGAAGAACUCGAUACAGCGCAUACCGAGUAUAUUCGCCGUUUGCGCAAUAUAUGGGAUACAUAUAAAGAUGAGUUUUUGCCAGAUCGCAAUGCAGAGCUCGAACUGGCUUUCUAG